AUGCCCGCGAUCCGACACUCAUCGAAGCGCAAGCCUCCGCCCGAUGGCUUUGAAGAUAUUGAGAAUGACCUGCUCAUUUUCUCCAAUAAGAUGAAGGAUGCCCAGAACAAACCGGCUCCAGCAGGCCCCAGGCAUCAAGCGCAAUGGGAAAUCUUCCAGAUCUCGCAUCAACGCAGUCGAUACGUCUAUGAGUUAUACUACGAGAAGGAAGCGAUCAGCAAGAAGUUAUACGACUUUCUGUUAAAGAACGGAUAUGCGGAUGCUAUGCUGAUUGCGAAAUGGAAGAAACAGGGCUACGAGAAGCUGUGCUGCUUGCGCUGUAUCCAAACAAAGGAGACGAACUUCAACAGUACGUGCAUCUGCCGCGUACCACGAUCCGAGAUGAAGGGCGACGCAGAAAUCGAGUGUGUUAGCUGUGGCUGCAGAGGUUGCGCAUCAAGCGAUUAG